AGAAACACAGGAACAAUUUGCUAGGAUGGAGCAAGAAAUGAAAGCCAUUAAACAGGACAUGAAAGGAAAUGCUGCACAAUUUAAAAAAAUAGAUGACACUGAAGGAAAUAAAAACUGCAAUAAAGGACAAUGCAGAAAAGGUGGAGGAAGUGGAUGAAAAGGUGCUGACUCUCAGAGAGCAAUUUGAAAGACAGAAUGACUAUAUGGCCAUAAUGGAAUACAAACAAAAGGAAACCUUUCUGAGAAUACGAGGACUACCGGAAAAAGACAACGAAAACUUACUGCAAAGAAUUUUACCUAUGCUUAGCCAAGUAUGGAGCCUAGAAGAAGAUGAUGCUGUCAGGGAAAUUGACAGGCUGUAUAGAGUGAACUCUAAAAUUGCAAGAGACAGAAGGCUCCCAAGAGAUAUAAUUAUAAAUUGUGUCAGGAAAAGCAUGCGGGAUGAAAUUUUAAGAUUCCACUCUACAUCUAGAAUCCAACUGGAAGGAAAGGACAUGAUCAUCCUGAAGGAGAUACCUGCAGUAAUUAGAAGGAAAAGGAAAGACUAUACACAACUUGUGGACACAUUACGUUUAAACAACAUCUCAUUUAGAUGGAACAUACCCGAAGGUCUCUUCUUUCAGCUUGACUCCAGGAAUUACAAUAUCAACACAGUGACCAAAGCCCAGGAUUUCCUGACGAAGAAUAAGAAAAAUCUUAAAUAUCUUGACAACUAGGUGCAGCUCGCCUCACCUUGGCAAAGACAUGGAAGACAGAUCGUAUCCCAACAUUGGAAGACUGGAUUACAAAGGUCCAACAACUUUUUAUAAUGGACAAAAGCUC